AUGAAGCUGCAAAAGAAUGCCCCAAAUGUGACUAGUCAAGGUGGAGGAAUGAAUAUGGCAAAGAAACUUGGGCCUUGGUUAUAUUUUCCAUACGAGUAUGAAAUUGCGAACAAAUGCCCCGAAUGUGACAAGUUUAGGGGCAAGUACGAACAUG